AUGCCUAUCAACGCUGGUAUUAACGGAUUUGGUCGUAUUGGCCGUAUUGUCUUACGUGCAUCUCUUGAUAACCCUAAUGUUAACGUGGUUGCCAUUAACGAUCCAUUCAUUGACCUCGAUUACAUGGUCUACAUGUUUAAGUACGACUCGACUCAUGGCCGAUUCAAAGGCACGGUCGAGAAAAAGGAUGGGAAACUGGUUGUGAAUGGACAAGCCAUCACUGUCCACACUGAACGCGAUCCCUCUCAGAUCCCUUGGGCACAAGACGGUGCUGAUUAUGUGAUUGAAUCCACGGGUGUUUUUACUACCAAGGAAGCUGCCUCGGCUCACCUCAAGGGUGGGGCGAAGAAAGUGAUCAUCUCUGCUCCUUCGGCGGAUGCGCCCAUGUUCGUAUGUGGUGUCAACCUGGACAAGUACUCGUCUGACAUGACUGUAAUUUCAAAUGCGUCUUGUACAACCAACUGUCUGGCUCCCUUGGCCAAGGUCAUUCAUGAUAACUAUGGUAUCAUUGAAGGCUUGAUGACGACGGUUCACGCAACAACUGCUACUCAAAAGACAGUCGAUGGCCCUUCCAACAAGGAUUGGAGAGGUGGGCGUGGCGCAGGUGCAAAUAUCAUUCCAUCUUCCACUGGUGCUGCCAAAGCGGUGGGUAAGGUCAUUCCCGAGUUAAACGGUAAAUUGACUGGUAUGGCGUUCAGAGUGCCUACUCCGGAUGUCUCCGUAGUCGACUUAACUGUGCGACUUGAAAAGCCUGCCUCCUAUGAUGAAAUCAAGGCAGUCAUCAAGAAAGCGUCUGAAGAAGGGCCUCUCAAGGGCAUUCUUGGCUAUACUGAAGAUCAAGUGGUCAGUACAGAUUUCUUAAGUGACACUCAUUCUUCUGUUUUCGACGCUAAAGCCGGUAUUCAAUUAUCACCAACAUUCGUGAAACUCAUCUCGUGGUAUGAUAAUGAAUAUGGUUACAGUACGAGAGUGGUGGAUCUGAUAGCUCAUAUUGCAAAAGUAGAUGGCGCGCUAUAA